AUGGUACUUUGGUUGAAAGAACAAGAAAAACUCCCCGACAUCGACAUGUCCUCCGGGGCCGUUGAGGUGAAGAAGGAGGGAGGCCCCCUGACACCGGCCUUCCUCAAUGCCAACUGCUCUGUCCACCCGGUUAUCCUCACUCAGGGCUCUGAGGAGGUGAGCCCAGGGACCGGGGCUGAGUUUGAGCUCACAGAGGUCACAUCUUUCCCAGAGAGGGCCGGUGAGACCGGGGAGGAUGAGGAGAGGUCAGAGAUUGUGGUGGCGCUGGACUGCCGAGCCAACGCAAAAGGUCAACGGGAAGAGGACGCUCUCCUGGAGAACGCAAGCCAGAGCAACGAGAGCGACGACACCAGCACCGACCAGAGCCCUGAACCACCGGUGCCACUCAAGGAGACCUCCUUCACCAUUGGCCUACAGGUGGUUUUCCCUUUCCUGCUGGCCGGGUUCGGGACAGUGGCAGCUGGAAUGGUGCUUGACAUCGUCCAGCACUGGACAGUGUUUACGGAGGUGUCGGAGGUAUUCAUCCUGGUUCCAGCGCUGCUGGGGCUCAAAGGCAACCUAGAGAUGACGCUGGCCUCCAGACUUUCCACAGCGGCGAAUAUUGGUCAGAUGGACACAACCAAGGACAUGUGGAAGAUGAUCAUAGGGAACCUGGCCCUCAUUCAGGUCCAGGCCACAGUGGUGGGGUUCCUGGCCUCCAUAGCUGCUGUGAUCUUCGGCUGGAUCCCAGAGGGACACUUCAGGCUCGGCCAUGCAGUGCUGCUGUGUGCGUCCAGCGUGGCCACUGCAUUCAUAGCCUCUCUGCUGCUGGGGCUCAUCAUGAUCGGAGUGAUCAUAGCAUCCAGGAAGGUGGGCAUCAACCCUGACAAUGUGGCCACACCUAUAGCUGCAAGCCUGGGAGACCUGAUCACCCUGUCCCUGCUGGCAGGCAUCUCAACAGGACUGUACAAGGAGCUAGAUUACAAUGACUAUGCCAGCCCGCUGGUGUGUGCGGUGUUUGUAGCCAUGUGCCCCCUGUGGGUGCUGAUAGCCAGGAAGAUCCCUUCCACCAGAGAGGUCCUCUACUCUGGAUGGGAGCCGGUUAUCAUCGCCAUGGCGAUCAGCAGUGUCGGUGGUCUGAUCCUCGACAAGACCGUCACUGACCCGAACUUUGCUGGCAUGGCUGUCUUCACCCCGGUCAUCAACGGUGUGGGAGGAAACCUGGUGGCGGUUCAGGCCAGUCGUAUCUCCACCUAUCUUCACAUGAACGGUCUACCCAUGGGGGAUCCCAACCUUGCCCCCAGGAAGUGCCCCACACCCUGCACCUCCUUCUUAGGCUCCACUGUGAACUCUCGCUCGGCCCGUGUGCUCUUCCUCCUGGUUGCUCCGGGUCACCUCGUCUUCCUUUACACCAUCAACUACCUUAGGGGUGGACACACCACCCUGACGCCCGUCUUCGUCACCAUCUACAUGACUGCUGCACUACUUCAGGUGAUUAUCCUCCUCUACCUGGCAGACUGGAUGGUCCACUGGAUGUGGGGUCGAGGCAUGGACCCCGACAACUUCUCCAUCCCCUACCUGACUGCCCUGGGUGACCUGCUGGGAACCGGCUUCCUCGCCCUCUGCUUCCACAUAUGCUGGUUCAUCGGGGACAGAGAAAAUAAUGCGGGCAACUAA